UUGCCUCCACGCUGGACAGCUCAGAGUAUACACAUAUACAGGCAGAGAGCGCACCGGAGACGCUCAGUGCCUGACAGGAAAAGUUAGAGUCUCGGCGCUUUUCAUUCACGGACUCAAUAUAAGUCUGGAUACUUUGGCAAAAGCUUUGUGAACUGUUUCAACUCAACACAGAACAGCCGAUCAUCGCUUGGUGAAAGAAGUAAGUUCUGAUUCCUGUGUCAAGAAAAGUGCGCACUCAAAGUUUGGAAGUUUUUACGCACAGAGAGGACGUUUGGAAACCAGUGUUUUCAUCAGUAACCAGGAAGAAGAAAAGGGGGGGACGGAAAGUUGUUUUUGUAGAAGACUGUGUAGCUACGUUUGUUUUUGGUUUUCUUCUAUGUAUACCAAGAUGGAAACUACUUUCUAUGACGACUCACUCAACGCUUUCUCCCAGCACGAGAACGCCGGCUACGGAUACAGCAAUCCCAAAGCGCUGAAACACAACAUGACACUGAACCUCUCCGACCCAGCGAGCGCUCUGAAACCUCACCUCCGCGCCAAAGCCGGUGACAUCCUCACCUCCCCCGACGUGGGUUUGCUGAAGCUGGCCUCUCCGGAGCUGGAGAGGCUCAUCAUCCAGUCCAGCAACGGGCUCAUCACCACCACGCCGACCCCGACCCAGUUCCUGUGCCCCAAGAAUGUCACUGACGAGCAGGAGGGGUUCGCGGAGGGAUUUGUGCGCGCCCUGGCUGAGCUCCACCACCAGAACAUGCCGGCCCCAGCAAACGUGAGUGUCACCUCGACUCCACCGACAAGUGUCAACUCUGCCCUGCCGCCUGUUUCAUCUGUUGCCGGUGCCACAGUGUACAAUAACAACGCUGCCAUGCGCUCUGAGUCGCCGGUUUAUGAGGACUUGAACACUUUCAACCCGGCCAUCAGCACCGUAUCGGCACCAAACUACACCACCUCAGCCCCCACUAUGUCUUUCCCUGCUGCCCCGCCUCAGCUUCCCAUCUACGGCCAGCCUUCCUCCGCCCAGCUCCCCCGGCUCACUGCGCUCAAAGAAGAGCCCCAGACCGUGCCCGAGAUGCCAGGGGAGACCCCCCCUCUCUCCCCAAUCGACAUGGAGAGCCAGGAGCGCAUCAAGGCUGAGAGAAAGCGGAUGAGGAACCGCAUCGCUGCCUCCAAAUGCCGGAAAAGGAAGCUGGAGAGGAUCUCGAGGCUGGAGGAUAAAGUGAAGACCCUAAAGUCACAGAACUCCGAGCUCGCAUCCACCGCCAACAUGUUGCGCGAGCAGGUGGCCCAGCUGAAGCAGAAGGUGAUGAACCACGUAAACAGCGGGUGCCAGCUCAUGUUAACGCAGCAACUUCAGACCUUCUGAGGUGGUGUCAGCGGCGGCGGAGAGAGAAAAGACUAUAGUUGAAAGAAUAGGACGCUUCCUGUGACAGUGAGUGUCUGCGCCUCUCGAAAUCGUGUCGGGAUUUGGGAUGAUGUGGCGCGACACUGGCGGGACCGGGGGCCGUACCAAAGUAACUGAGUGCCACGCGCUCCCCAGUGGCGCGUCCUAGAGAUGGGCUCGGGACUGUGACAAUAGCCAUGAACCAGAAGGGACAUAGCAACAAGCAGAAAACCUUCUGUUUCUGUUUCAUGCUGUUUUUCUUGACAGGACUGAAGUUUUCUUGAUUUACAUCCAGCCCUGCAUGGACUUCAUCAUGACCAUCAGAGGGAAAGUUCAGUAUUAGCGGAUUUAAAACAAAACACAUACACACAUGCAAUACAGACUUUUCUUGCUGUAGCCAUAAUUAAUGGCUUCAAUUUUGGGUGUGUUGGUCAACUCUAAAUGGCUGAAAGGUUGCAACAAAUGCUGCCUGACUUAUGAGUUACAGUACAAAGUACAUUUUUUCUUAAUUGUAAGAAAUUCAGUUAGAAAAGCUUCAAGAUUUACUUGUUUUUUUCUAAAGUUGUUAAUGGGGUUUCACUCAUUGUUAUAUGUAUAUAAGAUCAACUUGGAGUACUUAUGUUUACCAUUUGUAAUAAAAUACUGUAUAAUUUUUUAUGUUUGUUUUCUGAGCACUUAAGAAAUUAAUCAAUAUUUAAGAAAAUAAACCAGAUAAAAUGAAA